GCACAUUCUCUGCCCCUUUCCUCCUCUAAUCCACGUUUGAUACAUUGUCUAUUUUAAUUGAACUAUUUACUACUAUAUAUACUAUUAUACACUUGGGUUUUAAGUUAGACGGAUUUAAAAUGGGAUAGGCAAAUUGGUGUGCUAGUUGUAGUUGUUUUGCGCCACCGACAGCCGGCUUUUUCGGACACAGCAGCACGAUGAAACAAGUCCUAACUUCGUCACAUCUCGUUUCACGUGGGUUGAGGUCCCACUCAGUGACGGUGUGAAUGGUUGUCAGUGUCUGUAUGUGCCCUGCGACCAGUUCAGCGUGCAGCCCGCCUUUCACCCCAAAUCAGCUGGGAUAGGUCUCCUGCGACCCUGAACAGGAUGAGCGGUAUUUAGAAUGGAUGGUUGGAUAAUAUAUCUCAAUACUUUUUUGUCUUUUUUAACUACAUUUCCGUUGUCGGUGCUGUCGAGAAGAGCCUCUCCUUUAAAGGGCCGACCUCCAUUCCGACGACGGCUGCCUACUGGGUUUUACUUUCAUUUGAUCUCAACUGAUCAGUGUGAACAGGAAGUGGCUACACACACACAGAUCGCUUUCGUCUACCCGACUUGCCGAGAUGUCAGAUCUGGCCCUGCACGGUUACCAGAAGGAGGUGGCCCAGAGGGCGCUUCGUGGGGAGAACAUUAUCGUGUGGCUGCCCACGGGAGCGGGGAAGACAAGAGUCGCCGUCUACGUGGCCCAGAAGCACCUGCAGAAGACGACCGGGGGCAAAGUGGUGGUCCUGGUCACCAAGGUGCACCUGGUGAAGCAGCACUACAGCAAGGAGUUCUUCCCCUGCCUGGGCGGCGACUACACCGUGACGGCGGUGAGCAGCGACAGCGAGGAGAAGGACUUCCUCGCGACGAGGAAACCAAGCACGUGGAUCUCUCAGACAUCACACUGCUGGUGGUGGACGAGUGUCAUCACACGCGCAAGGAGACGGUGUACAACAACAUCAUGAGGCUCUACCUGACGAAGAAGAUGAGAGGCGACGGACAGCUGCCGCAGGUCCUCGGCCUCACGGCGUCGCCGGGAACGGGAGGCGCCAAAAAUCUGGAAAAAGCUGUGCAGUAUAUACUAAAGAUCUGCGCCAACUUGGACUGUGCCAUCGUUUCCACCAAAAACUUCACUGAGGAGCUCAACACUAAAGUCCCCAGACCCCUCAAAACCUUUGACAUUGUGGAGAAAAGAAAGGAAGAUCCGUUUGGUGAUCACGUGCAGUGGAUGAUGCGUCGCAUCCACCGCUUCAUGGAGCCUCCUGUCGACUUCACGCACCGAGAGUUCGGCACCCAGGAGUACGAGAACAAUGUGGUCACGCUGCAGAAGAGAGGUGUAAUGGAGUACAACAGGCGACUGCAACAGUGCGCCAUCCAUCUGCGCGAGUACAACGACGCGCUGCUGGUCAACGACACGUUGCAGAUGGAGAAUGCGGUGGAUUCUCUGGAGGACUUCUACAGUGGCAGAGAGACAACCGUCAUCGAUGACACUGACCGCUUUCUGGUGGAUCUUUUCAAAGAGAACCAAAACAAGCUGAGGAUGCUGGCGCGUGACGUGCUUUUUGAAAACCCCAAGAUGGCGCAGCUGGAGACCACCCUGCUGAGACACUUCAGUCCCAACGUGCAGUCCAGAGGAAUCCUGUUCAGCAAGACCCGCAAGAGCACGCGCUGCCUACACCAAUGGGCGCUCGCCAACCACGGUCUGCACUUAGCCGGCGUCAAGCCCGCCGUCAUAAUGGGCAGCACCGCCAUGACACAGCACGAGCGUGACGACGCCAUCCGCAACUUCCGCCUGGGCUCUGUCAACCUCUUGAUCACCACCAGCGUGGCCGAAGAGGGCCUGGACAUCCCCCAAUGCAACCUGGUGGUGCGCUACGGCCUGCUGACCAACGAGAUCGCCCAGCAGCAGGCCAGCGGUCGCGCCCGGGCCCAAGACAGCCACUACUGCCUAAUCGCCCAGCGCGGCGGGCGCGAGGAGCGACGGGAGUGCAUCAAUACUUACCUAGAGGGGCUCACCGCCAGCGCUGUGGAUAGAAUCCAGCAGAUGAGCCCAGAAGAGUGCAGGACCAAGACAGCCGAGCUUCAGGAGGAGGCGGCCGCUUCCAGCCGGGAGGCGGCGAUCCACAGGUCGGAGAAGCACAGCCGCUACUCGGCAGACAGCGUCCAGCUGCUGUGCUCCAACUGCUUGACGCCCGUGAUGCGAGGCAGCGACAUCCAGCUGGUGGAGAAAAUGCAUUAUGUCAACGUCAACCCACAAUUCAAGAGUCACUACAACAAGGGCGAUGUGGUCAUUUUAGACAAGACUUUUGAGGACUGGGUGCCAGGCUGCAUCAUCAAGUGCAACAAAGACAACUGCAACAAGCGGUGGGGCUACGAGGUGAAGUACCGCAAAGUGGCGCUGCUGCCAAACGUGGCCAUCCGUCACUUCGCCCUUCAGACGCCCGACGGCAGGACCACGGUGAGGAAGUGGAAGGACGUCCCGUUCAGCGUGGACCACUUCAGCUUCAGCGAAUACUGCCGCCUACACUACCGAGACGUCGUGGACUAACAAGCUAAUGCUGACUGCUUGUUAAUAUGAGUUUGUUUACAACUGUUGUUGUAUUGUACACAAGGACUUCUCCUGUGCUGGGUCUUCAAUUUUAUUUAUUUUUUUUACUCUUUUAAUGAACUGUAGUACAGUAUUUGUAAUUACCGUAAUUGUAAAUAAAUUUUAAUUGUAUUUAUAUGCAUUUUAUCGCAUGCUAUGUCAUGUAUGCUGCAAAAAAAAAAUUAAAAUAAAAGAAAACCUU